UACAUCUACAAUCACCAUGAAGGCUGUUGUCGUUGCUCUGAUGUGUGUUGGCUUGGCUGUACUAGCAGAAGCGGGGAAAAACUGCCACGAAAAUCCGUGCAAGGAUGACAUCUGUCGGGCUUACCCGGAAGCGGAAUGUCGGGUCGAUUAUUGCAGAGGGGGCACUGCAUGGUAUGAUGGGGACAAGGUAGUCGAUUGUGAUGAGUGUCCCUUCGAUGACGCUGUGACUACUUGUAAAGACAAAUGCGCCACGUCCAGCUGCCCAAAUUAUCCCGAUGCACAGAGCACCAAGCGCUGCAGAAUGUACAACUGUGGCCAGUGCACUGCGGAAUACUUCGACCCCGGUAGCAACUACCCUCUGGACUGCUGGGCCUAAGUCCAGAGAUGCCGAGGUUUCUGCAGCAAAUUUUUUGUUUACCCUUUCUCGUAUCUAAGCUGAUUGAUAUUUUUAAACACCUCAACAUGGUUACAAUGUAGACGAUCGCAACUACUUUCGAAAGAAAAUCAAGAUGUGGCAAUACCAGAGGCUCUCAUUGUACGUCACCUGAAAUGUUUGAACGUGACAAAGACGUACAGGGGUGUAUUACGUAAUCUGAACGUGAUCUCUUUAGAAUAUACAACAGUGUAUUGAAAUGACCCCUGAGCUGACGUAAACAAUAAAUGAAUCGCAACUUCAAUAGCCUUUUGCAAUGUGGGUACAGGUUAAUAGUGAACAAUGAUUUUUUAUGGGAUAUACAAUCAGGUAGUGAAAUUACCGAUGCCUCAAGGUUGAUUUGAUUUUUUGUUAACGAUAUUUUUUUCGUGAACUUUAUCACGUUUUGUAUAACCUUUUUUUCUCCAUAACAAUGACGUCAUCAUUGUUGUGAUUGGACAUGUUUCGACAAACCUUGAGUUUAUAUUUAUCAUCCUGUCAUAAGGUAUCAUCUUGUGAAAGGCUUUUUUUCCCAUAUUAAUACAUCCAUUUCGCAUUCAAAAGAUCGCGAGCAUUGAUAAACAAAUUACUGCCAUUUCAAAAGAUAUGUUUUUAAACACCAGAACAUAACCUUUUAUUUAUAAAAGAGUUUCAUGAAGCAAACUUCAGUAAUAAUAACCUAUGGGCAUGUUCACACGAAUCAUCUGAUCAUUGUUACACCAGCCCCUAUAUAUCGGAGAUCAUACAAAGUGAGUUUUCACGAACCAAGCUAUUCCUGUUAUUAUGUUUCAUCUGUUGGGCAACAAUAUCAUAAUUUGAUCCCCCUAAUAUUCAUGUACCAGACCUUAAAAUAAAUAUCUGGUGACACGGCUGCA